UAAUCUGGUGGAUCAUCUCAAUGGGCGGAAAGUAACGUUAGCUAAUGUCACUGCACGGCUCCGUGGCGUUGUUUUCAUUUGUGUUGUAAUUAAAUCAAAAUUAAAACACCAUCAUGUCAGACGAAAUCGAAAACUCAAAGACUCUGGAGACGACCGAGGAGCAAAAAGAAGUGGACAGUGAGGUGAUUUGUCCAGAAAGAGCAGAAGAAGCCAAACUGAAGGCCAGAUAUCCAAACCUGCCGGCUAAAGCAGGAGGCUCUGACCUGCUCCGCAAACGACUGCAGAAAGGGCAAAAGUACUUUGACUCGGGCGACUACAACAUGGCGAAGGCGAAGACCAAGAACAAGCAGCUCCCCUCUGCGCAGACGGAGAAGGCAGAGAAGGAAAUCACCGGCGAUCACAUUCCCACGCCUCAGGAUCUGCCGCAGAGGAAAACCUCGCUGGUGGCCAGCAAGCUGGCGGGCUGAUCUCCACCGUCUCCUCCAACAGCUCGCUCCUCCCUCAUGUUUUCCUCAUUAACACACCAUCCCUUGUUUAUUUUUUUGUUUUUUCUGUUCAUAUUUUACGCUCCCUUUUUACCUCCAAUGUAUAAUAUACACUGAACAUAGAGACAUGCAGGUGCCAGCGUUGGAUUAUGGGUAGUGAGGGAUAUGUUUGAAAACAAACAAACGUCUGUAUGAAGAUUUCUAUAUGUGCUGUAGGAGUAGUAAUCGGAACGUGUACAUAUUUGCCUGUGAGAGACGUGGCGAUGGGUUUUUAGAAAGGUUUUAUGUUCUAAUUGCACCAUUCCUGAAGGUUACACAUUAGUGCAGUAGAGUGCUUGAAUGAUUCACGAUUGAAUACGACUUACGAUAACGUACUUGAGCUGUUUCCCUGUUAACGUUUGAGCUUUACACACUCGAUCGGACCACACUGCUGACGCUAGUCACGUUAGACACACGUGAAAGAAAGGCCUUAAUCAUGUUGCGGUUGUAAAGCAGCAAUCGUGAACUUGAAGGCCAACGUGAUGCAAACCGGCGCUCCACGAGCUUCUCACCAAGGGUCUUCUCGCCGGAUAUUUUGAAGCAAAACACUACAACAUCCGGGGUGUGUGUGUAUGUAUGUAUGUAUGUGUGUGUGUGUGUCCACCGCAGUCACUUAUGUGCCAUUUGAUUUGUAAAUAAAAUAGUUUUGCAAACCUG